AUGAUUUGUUUUGCAGGGAUGGGUGAACAAAUGCGGUUAGCUAGGGAGGAGCGAGAAGCUGCUGUUCCCUCAGCAGACUGGUGGUAGAUUUCUCAUCUGUUGGGUGCAGCAGAUCCUGCUGCCCAACCGCUUUUAUCUUAUAUCCAGAAAUCGCAGAUGCAAACAGGCUCCGUUUAAAGCUCUGUCAUGAGACUGCUGCUGUCAACCUAUCAUAUAGAGGGGACUGAAGCACAUUGGAGUUAAUUAACAGGGACUUUGUAGGAGAGUGAGGAGGCAGAGCCAGGAUUUGAACUAGACUAUAGAACAUGACUCUGUUUGCAGAAUGAAGAACAAGUUCAUCAGACUGAGUGGGAUCCAGUGUCUUUUACCACUUGGCCUUAUCUGCCUCAUCUCUUGUGUUUACUUCAGAGGACACCAUGUGCCUUCAACAUCAGGCUAUAACCUUCAGUAGAAGGACAAACAUCACAGCCAGUGAGCUGCCAAGCACUACCCAACCUUGUCAAAGAGAACAACUGGAUCCACUAUUAGUCAACACCUCCCAGCACAAGCCUCUGGGUCACAGAAGGAGAACAGGUCAACGUUUGACACUUUCCAAAGACGUUUAACACACACCAGCAAAAAAGGCUACUUAGGUUGUCUUUGUAUGAAUUUGGUUGAUUUCAGAAACAAAUUUAAAAAGGUGCUUUGAUUGAAGAAGUCACAUGGGCAUACUCACCAUUUCAAUGAUAUAGCAGAUGAUGGUUAUUGGAACAGCCCAAACUACCACGGAGCAAAAGAUAUAGCUUGAACAGCUACCAGACAAUUCCAGAACCAAGGGAUGGAUGACUACAGAUAUCGGGACAACUAUGAGGGCUAUGCCACCAGUGAUGGCUACUACCGGGGCAAUGAGCAGAACCCAGAAGAAGAUGCACAGAGUGAUGUUACAGAAGGUCAUGAUGAGGAAGAUGAGAUCUAUGAGGGCGAGUACCAAGGCAUCCCUCAUCCAGAUGAUGUCAAGUCUAAGCAGGCUAAGAUGGCACCCUCCAGAGCAGACGGCCUUCGGGGCCAGGCAGACCUGAUGACUGAGAGGAUGGAAGAUGAGGAACAGCUGGCUCACCAGUAUGAAACCAUCAUUGAUGAGUGUGGCCACGGGCGCUUCCAGUGGACCCUCUUUUUUGUCUUGGGUUUGGCCUUGAUGGCUGAUGGGGUGGAAGUGUUUGUAGUGAGCUUUGCUCUGCCAAGUGCAGAGAAAGACAUGUGUCUGUCCAGUUCCAAGAAAGGAAUGCUUGGGCUGAUAGUCUACCUAGGAAUGAUGGCAGGAGCCUUCAUCCUGGGGGGCCUGGCUGAUAAACUGGGAAGGAAGAAGGUCCUCAGCAUGUCCUUGGCUAUCAACGCCUCCUUCGCCUCCCUUUCCUCCUUUGUGCAAGGAUACGGAGCCUUCCUCUUCUGCAGACUCAUCUCAGGCAUAGGUAUUGGGGGCUCUCUGCCAAUUGUUUUUGCCUACUUUUCUGAGUUCUUAUCACGGGAGAAGCGUGGUGAGCAUCUUAGCUGGCUGGGCAUCUUCUGGAUGACUGGGGGCAUCUACGCAUCUGCCAUGGCCUGGAGCAUCAUUCCACACUAUGGCUGGGGCUUCAGCAUGGGGACCAAUUAUCACUUCCACAGCUGGAGAGUGUUUGUCAUCGUCUGUGUUCUGCCUGCCACUGUGUCCAUGGUGGCCCUGAAGUUCAUGCCAGAAAGCCCCAGGUUCCUGCUGGAGAUGGGCAAACAUGAUGAAGCCUGGAUGAUUCUCAAGCAAGUCCAUGACACAAACAUGAGAGCUAAGGGGACCCCUGAGAAGGUGUUCACGGUUUCGCACAUCAAAACUCCCAAGCAAAUGGAUGAAUUCAUUGAGAUCCAGAGUUCAACAGGAACGUGGUAUCAGCGUUGGCUGGUCAGGUUCAUGACCAUUUUCAAACAGGUCUGGGAUAACGCCUUGUACUGUGUGAUGGGACCCUACAGAAUGAACACCCUGAUUCUGGCUGUGGUCUGGUUCACCAUGGCCUUAAGUUACUACGGCCUGACAGUGUGGUUCCCUGACAUGAUUCGGUAUUUCCAGGAUGCAGAAUAUAAGUCUAAAAUGAAGGUGUUUUUUGGUGAACAUGUUCAUGGUGCCACCAUCAACUUCACCAUGGAAAACCAGAUCCACCAACAUGGGAAGCUUGUGAAUGAUAAGUUCAUAAAGAUGUACUUUAAGCAUGUCCUCUUUGAGGACACAUUCUUUGACAAAUGCUACUUUGAAGAUGUGACAUCCACAGAUACUUAUUUCAAGAACUGCACCAUUGAAUCAACCACCUUCUACAACACAGACCUCUACAAAGACAAGUUCAUUGGCUGCCGGUUUAUCAAUUCCACCUUUCUGGAGCAGAAGGAGGGCUGUCACAUGGACUUUGAAGAGGACAAUGAUUUUCUGAUUUACCUCGUUAGCUUCCUUGGCAGCCUGUCUGUCUUGCCCGGGAACAUAAUUUCUGCCCUGCUUAUGGACAGAAUCGGAAGACUCAAGAUGAUUGGCGGCUCCAUGCUCAUCUCUGCAGUCUGCUGCUUCUUCCUGUUUUUUGGCAACAGCGAGUCUGCGAUGAUCGGCUGGCAAUGCCUGUUCUGUGGGACCAGCAUCGCUGCCUGGAAUGCUCUGGAUGUGAUCACAGUAGAGCUGUACCCCACCAACCAGAGGGCCACAGCCUUUGGCAUCCUCAACGGACUGUGUAAAUUUGGCGCCAUCCUGGGAAACACUAUCUUUGCUUCUUUUGUUGGGAUAACCAAAGUGGUCCCCAUCCUUCUGGCUGCUGCUUCUCUGGUUGGAGGUGGUCUGAUUGCCCUUCGACUGCCAGAGACUCGAGAGCAAGUCCUGAUGUGAGCAACGCACUGGGGAAAGACAGAUGGGAAGAUCUUUUUCAGGACACUGCAGCACAGACACACCUCCUGCCUCUCACUGUCCACAGGAUACCAUGGACAGCACAGAAGGAGAAAUGGACUUUGUGAUCCCUAGUUUAGGACCCACUUCAGUUGUUAAUACGUUUUUAACUCAGGUGAUUGACUAGGGGUGCCCAGAACCAUCCUUAGGAUCCCAGAGCUUGUGCUUUAACUUCAGGCCUCUCUGAUCCAAGGCAGGGGGAGGAUACUCCAGUAAACACAUACAGUAAGCAAGGAGUAUAUGCUUCUCUAAAUGAGGUGCAAAAGAUAUUAUUUGCAUUGCAGACUGAAGUUGAGGACAAGAAACACUUAAGUUCCUCGAUGUAGCUUCUGGGAGCCCAGUGACCUAGCAGAUUGUCUCAGUUGGGAGUGGGGUCAACACAUAAAUACUGGGCUCAGAGAACAGACUACAUAUUUGCACUUGAAAGUAUCACCUAUCAUAUUUUCCUUUUGAAAAUUGGCACUUUAGCAUUGAAGAUACUCUGAUAUAGAAAAACUCAAUAUUUAAGCAAAAUGUAUAUAGACUGACUUUUCUUCCCAAGCGCCCUGAACUUUGCUCAACGAAGAGGUGAUACAUUAAGAAUGAUAUUUAUUAUGGUUUUGCUCUAGUCAGAAAAACUUGAGGAUUGGGAUUAUGUAAAUUGAGUUUGUACAUAACAGUUUUGCGGUUUUAUUCCCACAAAUGGUAGCUGCUGAGAUUGCCAGAAUUUUAGCCAUAUUUGGGAAGGACUCUCCAUUCAAGGUCCCAGGAAACUUGGUGCAAAUGGGUGACAUAUAAGCACGAUUUCAAUGUAGCCAUCUUGCUUGCUUUCAGGAGGAUGUACUUGGCAAGCCAUAUGCCAUUUUUUUUUUUAACCUGGGAACUUUUCUUCAACUUGGUAGGGCAGUUACUUUUCUCUCCUAUGCUGGCCGUUUGUGAAACUCAGGUUCUUAGGUUGUUUGAUGCCUUUUACCCAGAAAAGACAGGAAGAAAGGUUUUUAAAUUUUAUUAUUUUAAUGGCCCCUUGUACUCUCUUUUUAGAGGAAAAAAAAAACCCAAACAGCCGACAGGUAACUGCCUAAGGAUGGGGAAAUGUAACCACAGUCCUUCAAAGUGUGAGUUCUUCCUGUUUGAUUUCAAAGGAAAACAUAAUGCACAUUUAUUAUAGUGUUUAGGACCUAUGAGAAUUUUAUGCUCUGGGUGCUGGCUCAGGGCUUUUGAAACAGGCCAUUAGCAUGCACGAUAGGAAAUAAAAGGUGUGAGAUUCAUUCAUUCAUUUCUUCAGUGCUCCAAGGAAUCUUUUCUUGAGAUCCAGGUUGGAACUUUAAUGUGGAAAUGAAAGGGGAGAGGGAGUCAGAACACUCUGCUCUGUCAGGUGUCAGCAGUCAUCUGCAGUCUCAGGAGGCUAUGCUGAGGGAACAGCUUUUGUUCAUUUGAACCCUCUGCAAUGGUAGAGACAGGAUCCUGAGUUGCACUUGCCUGGGCCAGGGGAAUGUCUGAAUGUAAGAAAGAGUUUGCUUGUGUUAUUUGCAGCACACACAGAGCUGUAAAGUGUUAACCUUUGCCUAUUAGAAACCUCCUCAAAUCCAAACCAAACUAAUGGCUAUGUUGAGUGUUUUCUCAGUUUUGUGGAAAUACUCAGAUGCCAGGACAGUUCAAGCCAUCUUUCCUUCAUCCUCUGGAAUGUAAGUCAGCAGGGGGAAAGAGUGAAAGUUUUGAGACCUUCCCGUCUUCAAGUGUGGCUAAUGUGUUUGCUCUGCUUCUCUAGCCCCCACUUCUUUUAUUUACACCACCAUUACUUUCUGUACAGGGAAGGAAGAGGCAUCAGGUCUGAUGUGAUACCCUGAUUCCCCUAAAUAUAAAUGUAUAUAAAUAUACAGAAUGUAUUAAUGUUUCUCUCGGUGUUUUAUAGGAAUUAACUGAUAAUGCUCUGUUGAUAAUGAGAAACUUUCUGAACUAUAGCUGUAAUGUCCUUUUCCAUUUUCUUGUGAUAUGGAAUGCAUUGACUAGGAUCAUGAGAGAACUGUGUGAAUCUGUGGUUAUGUAUCCCUCAUAACAGUAUUCUUUAAUGGGAUAAAAGACCUCAGUGCAUAGCUACCACUCAAGAAAUGUACAAGACAGUUAGAAUCCACAUUUACAGCCAGAGAGAUCUUGUAAACUUAAAAUCUGGUUAACUUUUUAAGCAUAGGAAUGGCUGUAGUCAUUUUAGGCUAACUGUACUUUGUUUCUAAGCUCUUUGUCUUCUGCGUUACAUUUAUGGCUCCUUAAACUGACUGUCUAACCAACCAAGGGCAAUUCCCAUCCAUCCAUCAUAUGGGUUGUGGGAAGGAUGCAGCCAUGGUCUGCAGCCUCUCUCAUGAAGGAUUAUCUGGCCAUGGUACCUAACCUAAUAACUUGCUGUCACUCCUGGUGAGAUAAGUGUGUCUUUAAAAAUAGUCCCCAUGGCAGGUCACUGGGGCAUAAUUCUUAGCCAUCCAUUUUUUUUUUUCAUUUUUUUUUCUGUUUUGCCCUGAGAGACUCCCAAUGGCAUCUAUAGAGGACUAAAGAGAAGAGCUGUUCCCUCACUGAGCAAGACUGUUCACAGUUCAUGAUGUAUUUUAUGAUGGCCUGUUUGGGAGUCGAUACUUUCAACAGUCUCAACUGUGUUGUGAGAUCUCCUGAUGCUGAUUUUUGACCUUAUGUUUUAUUAAAACUAAUUAGUGAAA